GACGCAAUCUCUGAGCUCAGAGCGUGACACUUGUAGCAGGUCUUGGCUAUAUAAGUCCAUUCUUUCAAGAACAGCUUAGACUAAUUUCUUGAUACUACACUGGAAGAGGGAGACAUCUCAACUGAAACCUUCUAUUGGCAAAAGAAUAACGGUUUAAGAUUCCUGUUGAUCCCCUGACAUGAAGCUCAAUUUAUUUGUCACCACCGUGGUUCUGCUCGUUGCCUUCUUACCGCGCUAUGAAUGUAGGGCUGUUGAAAGCCCUGGCGCUAUCCAGCGCGCCUUGGCGCCGCAGACCGACCCUCAGCAUCAAUCUCUUCCCAUCCUAGCGCGUGUAGGAGAGGAAUACUUCAUCCGGAUGGGAAACAGGAACCCAAACUCAGCAGGGACCGCAUCGAAAAUGUUCUCCGAGGGAUCACCGGCAAUCUACAACAGAGCCUUACAACUCCAACUGACGCAGCGUCUUCUACAAGGCAAAGUUGGGAACAUCAACCGGCCCAUCAGCGAUUUAGCAAACCAACUCGACGACUCGAUGGAGAGGGAGAGGAGAUCCGAGGACCCGCCGAUAUCGCUGGAUCUGACGUUCCACCUGCUCCGAGAGAUGAUGGAGAUGUCCAGAGCCGAACAGUUAGCCCAACAAGCGCAUAACAACAGAAAAAUGAUGGAGAUCUUCGGAAAAUAAAUAAUCACCAUUUCAUCCACCAAAGAUUUUUUUUACAUUUAGCACAAACAUGAUAUUCUGUACCAUAGUGCUGCUUUUACAUCAUUGUUCUAAAAGUAUUUAUUUUAUAGCUUUAACUUAAAUUGACGGAGAGUAAAUGGGCUUGUAGUCUAAUCAGAUUGUAUCAUGCAAAGAAAAACUAUCAAUUUCUAUUCUUGUGUAAGUGUUCAAAACUGUAGCAUACACCAUUCUUUCACUCUUAAAAGGAAAUAUUUUGGGUUGAUUAUAGGCUAUAGGAAUGAUAUUCUUAGUAACGCAUUUAGAAAUUGAUACUUUAUCUGAAAUUGAGUUCCAUUGUACUAUAUGUUAUUUAAGUUUGUUAAUAAACUUAUGAGCAACCAGUAAUUUUUUGUUGUGCAAGAGAAUGUCUUAUAUUUAUAUUUUUCAAUAAAAUAUGAAAAGCAAGUUU